UGGCGGCCGCCCCCUCGCCCCGCCCGGCCUCGCCCCGCCGCGGGCGGCCGCCGCCAUCGCCGCCAAUGAGGGCCGGGGCCGUCACGGCGCCGCGUCACGGGGCGGCCGCCAAGAUGGCGAAGGUCUCGGAGAUGUACGACGUGACCUGGGAAGAUAUGCGUGAUAAAAUGAGGAAAUGGAGGGAAGAAAACUACCGAAACAGUGAACAGAUAGUGGAUGUUGGAGAAGAGUUAAUUAAUGAAUAUGCCUCUAAGCUUGGAGAUGACAUUUGGAUAAUAUAUGAACAGGUGAUGAUUGCUGCCCUGGACUGCAGUCGAGAUGAUUUGGCAAUGUUUUGUCUUCAGGAACUAAGGAGGCAGUUUCCUGGGAGCCACAGAGUUAAGCGAUUAACUGGAAUGAGAUUUGAAGCUAUGGAAAGGUAUGAUGAUGCUAUACAGUUAUAUGAUCGAAUUUUACAAGAAGAUUCAACUAAUACAGCAGCAAGAAAGCGUAAGAUUGCCAUUCGAAAAGCCCAGGGGAAAAAUCUUGAGGCCAUCCGAGAGCUGAAUGAGUAUCUGGAACAAUUUGUUGGAGACCAGGAAGCUUGGCAUGAACUUGCAGAACUUUACAUCAAUGAGCAUGACUAUGCAAAGGCAGCCUUCUGCUUAGAGGAGCUUAUGAUGACUAAUCCACACAACCACUUGUAUUGUCAGCAAUAUGCUGAAGUUAAAUACACUCAAGGGGGGCUUGAAAACCUUGAGCUAUCAAGAAAGUAUUUUGCACAAGCACUGAAGCUUAACAACAGAAAUAUGAGAGCUUUGUUUGGACUUUAUAUGUCUGCAAGCCAUAUUGCAUCCAACCCAAAAGCAAGCGCAAAAAUGAAAAAAGAUAAUAUGAAAUAUGCCAGCUGGGCAGCUAAUCAAAUAAACAGAGCGUACCAGUUUGCAGGUCGCAGUAAGAAAGAAAGUAAAUACUCUUUGAAGGCAGUGGAAGACAUGUUGGAGACCCUGCAAAUCACUCAGUCUUAGGUUGGCACAAAGACACGUAAUACUAAAUUCACAGAUUCCCUGAUCAAACUUUAAUGAGCUAUGGGUUAUGUUACUCAAAUGCUGUUAAAAAUUAAUUUUGUAUUGAUUAACGUGGCUAUCUAAAAUAAUGUUUUAUGAGAAGUAAAUGACUAUUUAUUGCUGCUAUGAGAAAUGUGACAAAUACCCACUGAAGUGAAUAAAUUACCAACGAAGACAGCAUAAAGAAGUGUAAUGAGUUGCACAUCAGUAUCAAGAUUUUUGUAUGUACAGUACCUGCUUUUAAGCCAUAAUUUGUAGAAAUAAACUUGUUAAAUGACUAAACGAUACAUAGUGAUUUAUUGGACUUGCCAAUGGAAGUUACAAAUUUAUAUGUGUAGACUAAUAACAUCUGUUAUAAGUUUUUAUCAUAUUUGAAUAUUUAAGAGUUAAAUAUCUAAAGUAAAGCAUGCUACAGAUGUAAAUUUUUUGACUAUUUGCCAUAUAUCAAGAAGAGGUUAUCACGCAGGAAUACACUUUAUUAGACAAAGAACUUAAUUUUAUUAAUGAAUUUUGGUAUCUUGUAUUGUAGAAAUGGAGAAAACUUUUUUGUAUACUUUGCUUCAGAGGGUGUCUUGAACUGGCUUAAGGCCAAAGACAUUGAUCUCUGUGGCUUUGCAGGCAAAUGGUUCCAUGUCCACUUAAUUUCUCCAAUCAGUAUAUGCAUAGGCACUUUUUUUUGUUUUUUACUUCUUCUAUGUGUCCUUUGUUGUAUGUGUGUUCCACAUCACGAAUUUAAAAACCAUCUGAAUAAAGGGCUGCAUGCUGGUCUGUA